CCACGUGGAAUCUUCCCGCUGCUGCACAACGCCAUGAAGCAUGCGUAUUCAGGGGUGCAGAGAGCGGGUGCAGCAGUUAGGACAGUCACCGCAAGAAUGGUCGGAGGCCACAAGUGGAAAGAGGAGAUGGAGAUGAGAUUGAGAGCGUUUGGAGUGCAGCUGGAAGAUACAAGGAGGGAGUUGGAGGAGGCUGAGAUGCAAAGAGUGGAGGACAUGAGGGAGUUGAGUGGUUUGAGGGAGGAAUUGGCAGUGUUGACAAGAAAAUUGGGGGGGCAGAAAGACUUUGUGAAAUCUCAGUUGGACGAGGCGGAGAAAAGACAAGCAGAGGGCUUGAGCAAUCUUAGAGAGAAAUGUGAUAUGGCUGAAAGAAGAGGAGAAUUGGAUAUGAGUGAGCUGAGAGAGGAGGCUCGUAAUUUACAUGAUGAAAUGAGAGCAGAGUUGGCAAGGGAGAGGGAAGAGAGGAGGAGGGAGGUGCAGGAGCUGAAUUGGCCACAUGCCAUGGAUGAAUUGGCAGCAUGCAAGGAAUGGCAGAUGACACAAGAUCUGAAGAUGAAUAUUGAGGUGGAAAUCAAGCGCAGUGAAGGCGAUCGGAAGAAAGCUUUGGAG